UCAUACGUGUCCAUAGGCUACAUUGAAGAACGGAAGAGAAAGAGAGAAAGCAACUUUUUUCGGGGCAACCUCGCGGGACCAACUCGCGUGUUCUCUUCGCUCUUGUACGUGCAGCUGCGACACAAGACACCUUAACGUCUGCAAGGUUUCGGACACCUUCUGCACCAUCAAUUAACUAUUUUAAGUCAGUGAAUCUAUGGCGCGAUAGCACAAAAAGAAAUAAAAUGGGCAUCAAAUUUCUUGAGAUAAUCAAGCCUUUCUGUGGCAUUCUGCCAGAAAUAGAAAAGCCUCAGAGAAAGAUCCAAUUUAGGGAAAAGGUACUAUGGACUGCAAUCACUCUUUUCAUUUUCUUGGUUUGCUGCCAGAUUCCUCUCUUUGGAAUCAUGUCUUCAGACAGCGCAGAUCCAUUCUAUUGGAUUCGUGUAAUUCUGGCAUCCAAUCGAGGUACUUUGAUGGAACUUGGUAUUUCACCAAUUGUCACCUCGGGUCUUAUCAUGCAACUUUUGGCUGGAGCUAAGAUCAUUGAAGUUGGUGAUACGCCAAAAGAUAGGGCUCUUUUCAAUGGAGCUCAAAAACUGUUUGGUAUGAUCAUCACUGUUGGACAAGCUAUUGUUUAUGUCAUGACUGGCAUGUAUGGAGAUCCUGCUGAAAUUGGGGCUGGAGUUUGUCUUUUAAUCAUUAUUCAGUUGUUUGUUGCGGGAUUGAUUGUACUGCUACUUGAUGAAUUACUUCAAAAAGGAUAUGGUCUUGGCAGUGGUAUUUCUCUCUUCAUUGCUACCAACAUCUGUGAAACCAUUGUUUGGAAAGCCUUUUCACCUACCACUGUCAAUACGGGACGAGGUACUGAAUUUGAGGGUGCUGUUAUUGCUCUAUUCCAUCUUUUGGCUACAAGGCAAGACAAAGUCAGAGCUUUAAGAGAGGCUUUCUACAGGCAGAACCUCCCCAACUUGAUGAACUUAUUGGCCACUGUUUUGGUCUUUGCUAUAGUUAUAUACUUCCAGGGCUUCCGAGUGGAUCUUCCAAUUAAGUCUGCCAGAUAUCGUGGACAACAGAGUAGUUAUCCUAUCAAACUUUUCUACACUAGCAACAUUCCAAUCAUUCUCCAGUCUGCACUGGUUUCUAACUUAUAUGUCAUAUCUCAGAUGUUGGCUAUUAAAUUCCAUGGAAAUAUUAUUGUGAAUUUACUUGGUGUCUGGUCUGAUGUUGGCGGUGGUGGUCCAGCUAGAUCUUAUCCAGUUGGAGGGCUGUGUUACUAUCUCUCACCACCUGAAUCUGUUGGUCAUAUUGUGCAAGAUCCUGUUCAUGCUGUUCUUUACAUAAUUUUCAUGUUAGGAUCUUGCGCAUUCUUCUCAAAGAGCUGGAUUGAAAUUUCCGGAAGCUCUGCUAAGGACGUUGCGAAACAAUUGAAAGAUUCACAGAUGGUGAUGCAGGGUCAUCGUGAGAAAUCGUUGAUUCACGAACUGAACCGAUACAUCCCAACUGCAGCUGCUUUUGGUGGUUUGUGUAUUGGAGCUCUUUCCGUAUUGGCUGAUUUCCUUGGUGCUAUCGGUUCCGGAACUGGUAUUCUGUUGGCCGUCACCAUUAUCUACCAAUACUUUGAAAUCUUCGUCAAGGAACAAAGUGAGAUGGGUGGUAUGAGUACUCUGCUAUUCUAAAGACUGAUAUCAAGGGUUACGGUCGCGAACCCGCAGGCGAGUAGACACGAAGUAACCACGACCACAACACUCUUAUACAGUGAAAUUCUUUUUCGAGUUAUUCUCGGAAGUGUUUCUUUUUUUUUCACUCCUAUGGAUCAUAAAACUGAUGUUUUUGUAGUGGAAUUAAAAGUCUGAGAUAACAUUUUUCAUAAAUCCUUUUUUUUUUCCUUGUUGUUUGUUGUUAUACAAAUAAAAAUUUAUAUACAUACAACAUACGUACGCGAACAU